AAGAGUGUAAGCAUUUCACUUGCAUUUCCCAUUAAGUGAGACAUAUAAAGGACACUGACUUGAUGCUGAGAAGGAAAGGGGCUGAUGGUGGCUGAACCGACUGGAUGCAUCGCCUUUUGCCUUAAACAGAAUGCACUGUUCAGUGCUUAGCGUUAGAUUUAUGGAAUGGCUCCUCACCCAGCGUCGUCCCUGCUUUAUACAAUUUGGUGCUUUGUUGCUAUCGAAACGGCAUUACUUUCUAAGCCAUUGUGAUUGUGAAGGGGGAGGAGGCUGUGGCAGGCAGGGGUGGUAGUAGUAGUGAAUGACACAGAUUUGCCAGAUGACAUGUAGCGGACCUCUGCAUCAGCCAAGAGGAAUUAAGCUUUGUCACUCCCCACUGGGACUACCUUUCUCCUGGUAUGUGCGCAAGGAAUUCAUAUGCUGCUGCUGCUGCAGCCACCAGAGCAGAGAGCCUUGAGUACACUUUGCCACAGAAAGCAGUGAGCAAGAAUGAUAGCUGUCUCUUUUAAAUGCCGUUGUCAAAUUCUGAGGCGACUUACUAAAGAUGAGAGUCCCUACACUAAAUCCGCCAGCCAGACAAAGCCGCCUGAUGGAGCGUUGGCUGUGAGGAGACAGAGCAUCCCAGAGGAAUUCAAGGGCUCCACAGUCGUCGAGCUGAUGAAGAAGGAAGGCACUACCCUGGGUCUGACAGUAUCGGGAGGAAUUGAUAAGGAUGGCAAGCCAAGAGUAUCUAAUCUGCGGCAAGGAGGAAUUGCUGCUAGAAGUGACCAGCUGGAUGUGGGUGACUACAUCAAAGCAGUGAAUGGAAUCAACCUGGCCAAAUUCCGCCAUGACGAGAUCAUCAGCUUGCUGAAGAAUGUGGGAGAAAGAGUGGUUCUUGAAGUAGAGUACGAGCUUCCGCCGGUCUCUGUGCAAGGAUCAAGUGUUAUUUUCCGAACAGUGGAGGUCACAUUACAUAAAGAAGGCAAUACCUUUGGUUUUGUAAUUCGAGGGGGAGCACAUGAUGAUAGAAAUAAAUCUCGUCCAGUUGUGAUAACAUGUGUUCGUCCUGGAGGGCCUGCUGACAGAGAGGGCACGAUCAAACCCGGUGACAGGUUGCUCAGUGUGGAUGGAAUUCGGCUUCUUGGAACUACGCAUGCUGAAGCCAUGAGUAUUCUUAAACAAUGUGGACAAGAAGCAACACUGCUGAUAGAAUAUGAUGUAUCAGUAAUGGACUCCGUGGCAACAGCAUCCGGGCCGCUACUAGUCGAAGUUGCCAAAACUCCUGGUGCCAGCCUUGGGGUUGCCCUAACUACCUCGAUGUGCUGUAACAAACAAGUCAUUGUCAUAGACAAAAUCAAAUCUGCAAGUAUUGCAGACAGAUGUGGCGCAUUGCAUGUGGGAGAUCACAUCCUCUCCAUCGAUGGAACCAGCAUGGAGUACUGUACACUUGCGGAAGCAACCCAGUUCCUGGCCAACACCACUGACCAGGUCAAGCUUGAGAUCCUUCCCCAUCAUCAGACCCGGCUGGCCCUAAAGGGGCCCGACCAUGUGAAAAUUCAGAGGAGCGACAGGCAACUUACCUGGGAUUCCUGGGCCAGCAACCACAGCAGCCUUCACACCAACCAUCACUAUAACACGUACCACCCUGACCAUUGCAGAGUACCAGCCCUGACAUUCCCGAAAGCACCUCCUCCAAACAGCCCUCCAGCUUUGGUGUCUUCAUCCUUCUCUCCUACCUCCAUGAGUGCAUACAGCCUGAGUUCCCUGAACAUGGGGACUCUACCUCGAAGCCUCUACUCCACCAGCCCACGUGGAACCAUGAUGAGGAGGAGACUGAAAAAGAAAGACUUCAAAAGCUCAUUGUCCUUAGCCUCCAGCACAGUAGGAUUGGCUGGGCAGGUUGUUCACACAGAAACCACAGAGGUUGUGCUGACGGCAGAUCCUGUCACAGGAUUUGGGAUCCAACUGCAGGGCAGUGUGUUUGCCACAGAAACUCUCUCUUCUCCACCUCUGAUUUCCUAUAUCGAAGCUGACAGCCCAGCAGAGAGAUGUGGGGUGCUACAGAUUGGAGACAGAGUGAUGGCCAUCAAUGGAAUUCCAACAGAAGACAGCACCUUCGAAGAAGCCAAUCAGCUCCUCCGAGACUCUUCAAUCACGAGCAAGGUCACACUGGAAAUCGAGUUUGAUGUUGCAGAGUCUGUCAUCCCAAGUAGUGGAACAUUUCAUGUAAAGCUGCCUAAGAAGCACAAUGUGGAACUUGGAAUAACCAUAAGUUCACCAUCCAGUAGAAAACCAGGAGACCCCCUCGUCAUUUCAGAUAUCAAGAAAGGGAGUGUGGCACACAGAACUGGGACCCUGGAACUUGGGGAUAAAUUGCUCGCAAUAGAUAAUAUCCGGCUGGACAACUGUUCCAUGGAAGAUGCAGUUCAGAUCCUCCAGCAAUGUGAAGACCUGGUGAAGCUCAAAAUCCGCAAAGAUGAAGAUAAUUCAGAUGAGCAAGAAAGUUCCGGAGCAAUUAUUUACACCGUGGAGCUUAAACGCUACGGGGGGCCCCUUGGCAUCACAAUUUCAGGAACUGAAGAGCCGUUUGAUCCUAUAAUCAUUUCAAGCCUCACUAAAGGGGGAUUAGCUGAAAGAACUGGCGCAAUCCACAUAGGAGACCGAAUCCUAGCCAUCAAUAGCAGCAGCUUGAAAGGGAAGCCUCUGAGUGAAGCCAUCCAUUUGUUACAGAUGGCAGGAGAGACUGUCACCUUGAAAAUUAAGAAACAGACAGAUGCCCAGUCAGCAUCGAGCCCCAAGAAGUUCCCUAUUUCUAGCCAUUUGAGUGACCUGGGGGAUGUGGAGGAGGACUCCUCGCCAGCACAGAAGCCAGGCAAGCUCUCCGACAUGUACCCCUCCACGGUGCCCAGUGUGGACAGUGCUGUGGAUUCAUGGGAUGGGUCUGCAAUAGACACCAGCUAUGGAACUCAAGGCACUAGUUUUCAGGCCUCAGGAUACAAUUUCAACACCUAUGACUGGAGGAGUCCAAAACAGAGAGGCAGCUUGUCCCCAGUCACUAAGCCUCGAAGCCAGACUUACCCAGAUGUGGGGCUGAGUAAUGAAGACUGGGACCGGUCCACAGCCAGUGGUUUUGCAGGGGCCGCCGAUAGUGCAGAGACAGAACAAGAGGAGAACUUCUGGUCUCAAGCGCUGGAGGAUUUGGAAACCUGCGGACAGUCAGGAAUUCUGAGAGAACUGGAGGAGAAAGCUGACAGGCGUGUGUCUUUGAGAAACAUGACUCUCUUGGCAACAAUCAUGUCGGGGAGCACGAUGAGUUUGAAUCAUGAGGCUCCAACACCUCGCAGUCAGCUGGGGCGACAGGCCAGCUUCCAGGAGCGCAGCAGCUCGCGGCCUCACUACAGCCAAACAACUCGGAGCAACACUCUGCCUUCAGAUGUGGGUAGGAAGUCAGUAACCCUGAGAAAAAUGAAACAAGAAAUAAAGGAGAUCAUGUCUCCAACUCCUGUGGAGCUGCACAAGGUGACCUUGUACAAGGACUCUGACAUGGAGGACUUUGGGUUCAGUGUAGCAGAUGGCUUACUGGAGAAAGGAGUGUAUGUCAAAAAUAUUCGCCCAGCUGGGCCAGGAGAUCUUGGUGGCUUAAAGCCCUAUGACAGGCUCUUACAGGUGAAUCAUGUCCGAACCAGAGACUUUGACUGCUGCCUUGUUGUGCCCCUCAUAGCAGAAUCCGGGAAUAAGCUGGACCUGGUUAUUAGUAGAAACCCACUGGCUUCACAGAAGUCUAUAGAACAACAGAGUCUACCAGGAGAUUGGAGUGAACAGAACAGUGCUUUUUUCCAGCAGCCUAGCCACGGUGGUAAUUUGGAGACACGAGAACCCACUAAUACAUUAUAGCAACGCUUUUUAUAAAGCAGGACAAAAGACAAUAUCUACAUGGUGCUAAAAAUCCCUUUAAGAUUUCUGUGACAUUUGAAGCACAGAUAAUCAACAUGGCAUUAACUGCAAGCACAGGGGUCUUUUAAAUCUCUCUCAUGGCUCAUGUUCACUUCCCUUUUCAAGUUGAAGAGGUUUCUUUUUUGGUGACCACUAUGGUAUAUGGUGGGCAAUGCCCUGCCAGUCCCAACGGUAGAGAAAAAUAGGCCGUCCCCCCCAACUCUACAAUUAACAUCAGAGGAAAUUUUUUACAAGUUCAUCUUACUAUCAUCACUUUUUAAAAAGAGAAACAUCUGUUUGAAAAUAAUAUUCUCUAUGAUGAUUUCCUUAAUUCACUUUGAAAUCAGUUUCUUACUAUGAAGUCAUUAAUGUAAGAACUUACUUGGCCAACAAAGCUUUUCUUCUCAUAGGCUGGCUCUACUAGGGGAACUAGUGUUUGGUAAACUGCUGGGACUACCACAAUGGGAGGGGUACAGGUAUAAAAUUAUCUUAAAAUGUUUCAGCAAUGAUGCACGUAGGAGACCAUAAUAGGUGGUGGUAAAUGUUUUGCCCACGUAUAGGAAUGAUUUUAACUAAGAUGUAUGCUAUUCCCUAUGCAACAAAUUAUCAAACAGGAUAUGUCUUGUGACCUGUUUUUUUUUUAAGGACACAUUUUUAAUAGCUGAAAAUCUCUGAUAAUGAAUUAGAGUGUGUAGUAAACACAAGAAUUAGUUAUAUUAUCAUCUUAUUUUUAAAAUUCAAGACUAAGAACUUCAGAGAAUGAAGAGUCUAUUAAAAUGAGGUUCAUCUUAAUGAUAGGCAAACCAAACUCAUACUGCUUGACAUGUUUUGAAAACUGGUAAUAUCGAGGGUGUACAGCACAUGUACUUAAAAAUGACACUGGACUAUCUUUUGCUCUGAGCCAUGCCACUUACCGAAAUUGUAAAUACAUUUUUCACAAAUGCAUUGCCAAUUAUUACCAUCCCUCAAAGCAAUAAAUUGUGACAGUUGCUUUAAAUGUUUGUCAGCAACUGUUUUCAUUUGUUCAGAUAUUUUGAAUAGCUACACUAAUAACUGUUAUUUGGUGAAUAUAAAAAAAUAAAUAGAUCUGUAUAUUGAUGGUAGACUCUCCAUAUUGAAAUGAUUAUUUUCCAAACAUUUUCAUUUUGGUCAAAAAUUCAAACUACCACUUAGGCAAAGCAUUCAAACACUGUGUCCUUUGUUUAAGGAAAUAUAAAAAAAUCACCUUUCUUUUUGUGCAAAAAAAAUAUUAUUUCAAUCACAUUUCAGAACCGCCAGGGCAAGAAAGUAUAAAGCAGAAUCAUGUUAAGAAAAAAGAAAAAAAGAUCAUGAGUCACUUAAAUAUGUAUUUUUAUUUGUAACAAACAAGUAUUAAACUGUAAAGUAUUUUUGUACAAAUUUAAUACUUUAAUAGCAUGGUAUUUAUCGUCUAUGUAUGGUUUUGGGGAAUUCAAAAUUGUUCAAAUAUUUGUAUGGAAAAAAAUAAAACCCUCUACCAAAUGGAAUAAACAGUGAUUUUAAAAAGCCAAAUAAAGAGGAUAUGCAUUA